AUGUCAGUUUACCAAAAUAAUUCAGAAAAAGAUAAGACCAAUAGUAACAUUAAUUCAUUAGAUCCACAUCAUUCCAUUUAUGAUUUAUUAGAAAGAAGUCAUAAUAUUUUACCAUUACCAUCUGAAAGAUUACAAGAAGAAAUUAAAAAUGAACAUUUAAAGAAUGAAUCAGAUAUUUUUUCAGGUGAAACAUCUUCCAAAGUAAUUACUGAAAGACCCCUAACACUUGAAGAGGCAACACAGGACGAUCAUCAACAAGAUAAACAAGAACUCCCAGAAUCAUGGUUUGCUAUUCAAAAGAACGAUAUAACAAAUUCGUGCCACGUGGAAAGAUGCACGUCACAAACAAAUACAGUUGGUAUAUUAUCUUCUAGUGAUACAUCAGAAGAAGAAUUAGAUCCUCAAAAUUCACCUUCUCCAAAUAAAUUAUCUGUAUUAAAGAAUGAUAAUGAUAGAAAUUGUUCUACUAAAAAAACUGCACUACUUAAUUGUAUUAGUAGUAACAGAUUAAAUGUCAAUCAAUUGGAUCCUUCUCAAAACAAUCCAUUUGAUUUUAAUCAAGGACCAGCAAAAUCGAGAUUACCAUCUAUUGGAUUUAAUCAAUUUAACGAAGAGGAUAGUGUGACGCUAACGAAAAGCAUUUCUUCUUCGUCUGGUUCCUUUGUUAUGCCUAAACUUUCAAUUUCUAGAAAAGGUGAAUGUUCUAAAAAUGAUGAUAGGAAAAAUUUUAAAAUCUUAAUUCUGGGAAGAAUUGGUUUACAAUUCUAUAAAUCGGUGCCAACAAGUCAUGAUCAUUUCUUUUUCUUACCAAGAACAUAUGAUAGCAAUGAAUACGUCGAGUAUAACGGAAUAAUAAUAGUAAUUGAGGAAGUAAGUGAAUUGAUGAGUAUUUUGAACAAAGUGUCACAAAAAGUUAAAAAUAAUAUUCCAAUUGCUGCUAUUACUUUAGAUAGUGACAAUCUUCUACAAAUCAAAAAUGUAUUAAACUCCUACCUGAGAAGAGGCCUUAUUAAUGUUAUGUAUCCACCUAUCGUGCUCUCAAAUGACAAAGAGGUUAAGAAAUUAUUUUCAUUUUUAUCUAGCCUUGAAGAAAAAUUCAUCAAACAGCAAGGUACCACAAUAAGAGAAAAAAGAGUGUCGAGUUCUGUAUACGUUUAUACCUCCCACUCUUCUUCUGAUUAUUCAGAUUCUUCAGAAUCAAGAGGAUCCAUUAGUAAUAAAAGACUAAAAAGACUACAGUAUCAAAAUGGCAAUAAAAUAAAUGAAUAUAUUUUGUCACAUCAAGAAAAGAAAGAUAGAACAAAGAGGAAACAAAACAAGAGUUCAAAACAUAGAUAUAAAUCAGUGACAGAAAAUAAAUGGUUUAUAUGGGGUGUGUCUUUAUCAGUGGGAGUUGGUGUUGGAUAUUGUCUGUCAUAUUUUAAUGUUGUAGGCUGGAUAGUAUGUUCCACAAGUACUUUCUUACAUCCAAACAACAAAGAUAUCAAAACCAUCACAGAUGUUACCUCACAUUCAACGUCAUCAGUUUUGAAUAAGUUGUUAAAAUUUAUGGACAGAGAAAUGGAUCCAGACAGCCAUGGAAUUUUUACCAAAUCAUUUAACGCUGUAAGGAAUUGCGUGAAGAAUGUUGGCUUUCUUUUGAAGAAAAAUUUCAAUAAAGGUUUAGCAUUUUGUGAAGAAAUGCAUAAUAUAGCCUCAAAAGAAAGAAAAUUAUCUGUUGGAUACAACCAGGAUAAUAACCAAAGUAAAUUAUUUGCAUUAGGAUACAUCCUUUUAUAA